AUUACGGCUCCUCCUCCGGGGCGGGUUGUGCUAUAAAAGAGGCGUAUGAGCUGAUUCCCCAGCAGCAUAUUGUGGCGAGACUCUGCGAGUGUGACUGCUCCAUUCCUUUCUCUCUCUAGAAUCACCACAGUCCAUUCUCUCUCUCUCUCUCUCUCUUUCCCCCCCCAGUCUCUCCAUCCUUCCAUUCUCAGCAGAGACAAGUGUAAGUCGCGUGCUGCUCAAUCAGUGGGACAGAACGAACGGAAAAGAUUUUUGCUUGACCGAUCGUUCAUGGUGGAGGAGAAGGGGGAAGACAUGAACUUGAUAUUCUGAGGUUCUCUCUUUUCCGGCAAAGCUUGGAACGGAGCAGAGCAGCAGUCUCUCUCUCUCUCUCUCUCUCACUCUCCCCUUUCCUCUGCUUUUCCUUUUUCUCCAUUUCCAUUUUUAACUUUCUCGGAAACUCCCGGGUCUGGUCUCUCCUGUUCACACACCCGUUCUCGUCUCUGCUCUGCUUUUCCUCCCAUCCCACGCACAGUCCCCCCCUUUUCUCUGCUUUCGUGUAUUAGGCUUUGCUUUCCUUGAAAUUGCUAGCCCUUUGUUCUUAUUUUAGCCAUACAUGCUCUGAUUUUCUCUCCCUUUCGAGCUUCAUUUCCCACGCACAGAGACCUAGAGAGAAAGAGAAGAGAGAGAGAGCUUUUCUUUCUUUUUUCCGUAUCUUUAUUCUCCUCCCUCCCGUCCGCUUUUCUCCCACCCCCAGCUACUUCACGGCCACUCAUCACUCACCCACUUCGCCAUCUGAUGAUAACAGCGAGGAUAAUCUGAGAUUCUUUCUUCCUGUGCCUGCCGACAUCUCUCUCUGUCUGAAUCAUCUGCCCACAAUGGAAACCAGUAACAGUGUUCUGCCCCCGGUUAAGUUCACCGAGCAUUGGAGCCACACCAGGCUCGUGAGCUCUGAGCCUCUUCGAAAUCCCGGGAGCUGUCCGGACCUGAAGCCCCGGACGGUGCGGAUAUCGUUCACCGAUGCCGACGCCACCGACUCCUCGAGCGACGAGGAGUGCGGGAGUGGCUCCCUGUUUCCCCGGAGGAGGGUGAAGAAAUUCGUACACGAGAUUACUGUCGACUCGUGCGCGAAGAGGAGCGACGUCGUUUCACCGAGCAGGUCGAAGAGAAAGUCAAAGAGCGGGCUUUCGGCGGGCCGGCGGGACCUGAAGUCGCCGCCUGGGAGGAAGUUCCGAGGGGUCCGCCAGCGGCCUUGGGGGAAAUGGGCGGCCGAGAUCAGAGACCCGAUGAGGCGUGUACGGCUGUGGCUGGGCACUUACGAUACGGCGGAGGAGGCCGCGAUCGUGUACGACAACGCUGCCAUCCAGCUCCGCGGGCCCGAUGCGCUCACCAACUUCUCCAGCCCCCCGACGCCGGUCAAGCCCUUGCCGGAGAAGAAGGCUCCUGCCGAGGCCGCAUCCACCAGCUCUGGGUACAACUCUGGCGACGAGUCCCAGGCGGCCCGCUCCCCGACCUCCGUACUCCGGUGCCAGCUGUCACCUCCGGGCAGCAACGAGGAGGCGGAGUCUCAGAGCGCCGCCCCGAGCUUCCAUUCCGGCGAGAACCUCGUGCCAGAAGAGGCAUCGUGCUCUGUGUCGGAGAACUUCUCGGAAUUCUCGGACUACUCGCCGUUCGACUCGCUGUUGGCCGGCGACAUGUUCGAUUUCCAGAGCUCGGUGCCUGGUCUGUUCGACGACGACCCGGGCUUCGGGGAGAGUGUACUGAAGCAGGAGUACUACGCGGAUCUGUUCGUCAAUCCGGGGGAGGAUCUCGGGUUCGGAUCCGGAUUCGGGUCCUCCACGUGGAACCUCGACGACCAUUUUCAGGAUAUCGGGGACAUAUUCGGGUCGGAUCCUCUCGUAACGGUGUGACAAUGAGGGUCCCCCACUCUUUUUUUUUUUUUUUUCGGCCCUAUGCCGGUUUUUUCGGCAAAGUUUUGUAUCGGGAAGAAACAUAGUAUCGGCGGUGUUUCUGUUAACUUAUUAUUAUUUUUUUCGUUCAUAGAUAUUAUGAUAUAUGAAUGUAUUAAUUAAUGGCAAUAUAUAUAUAUAUAUAUAUAUAUGAGAGACCCUCGCCGUCAAGUUAACGGUGACGGCCGAGUUUGGCUA